ACAAAAAGGUUCCCUUCGUCGAGAAGAAAGAGAGAAAGAGAUUGCGCAGCCCCCAGUCCUCAUCCCCGAUUCCUCUCCCUCUCCCUUUCCCUCGUCUGCCGCCGCCAGCCCCACCGCGGACGGCCCUGUCAGAUCUCGUCCCGAUGAAGUCAAGGACGAGCUCCACCCGGACGAGGUCGAUCCGUCCCCUGCCACACUUCUCCAUCGCGUCACCAUAUUCGGAGGAGCCGCCACUGCUGCUGGCGCAUCUGCUCCUCCCGGAGUUGUCGCCAUCGGCAGGAGGAGUGCCGGACCGCGCGCCAACUCGAGGACCGCCGCUCCGGCGGACCGUUGUUUCUGGCCGCCGUCCGCCUCUGGUGCCCCGUCCAUUCGCCACCAGUCACGCACCAGGUAGGAACUCAAGCUCCCUGCCUCUACAUGUUCCCAGGUACGGCAGAUCUUCAUCCCCUUUUUUUCUAAUCUAUAUAUCAGAUAUGGUGGUGUGUGGCAUUUUUAGCUUGGCAGCUGUAGAUGGGAUCAUUUCAAAAGAUUCUUGGACACCCCUUUUAGUUGUCAUCCCUGGAUUAACCAGUGAUUCUGAUGCUGCUGUUAGUCUCUAACCUUUUUCUGAUGUUGACUUAUACAGUUAUACCUGCGUUGCAUAUUUGAAGAGAUCUAAGGUUCAUGAUUGGACGACAUAUUACUAUAUUUGUAACCAUUCUGAAGAUUUAAUUGGCUAUUGCAGUAUGCAGAACACUUGGUUCAUUCCAUAGCAAGAAAAUGGUGGAAUGUUGUUAUAAAAGGUCGCCUCCCUGCUUGUCACCGCGCCAUGCCGCCUCACCCCGGAUAGUGGCCAUUGCUCCGCCCGCGGCGCCUUCCAGCCAAGAAUGCCAUCUCCACCCGUCCAGGUAACUCAGCCGACUGGCCUUUUCACGAUUUAAAACAAAAUGGUGUGCUGAAGAGAGACACCUUACUUUGGAUAGAGAUUAAAAUGGAAUCUGCUUGGACUAUGCUUUCCCAUACAGGUUUGAUUCGUAUAUACAUCUCAAGUUGGCUAUAUCUGGAUGGGUUGCAGUUUGCUUCUUUCAAAAAGACGAGGUGUUCUGGAAUGAUUUGCUUAUCUGCUUUAUGCAUGAUCAUCCAUUUUAUAGAUUAUAUAGGGUGUUGGUAUCUUUCUGUACACUGGCAUGAUCUCUAAAACAAGUCUCAGGCCAUAGAUAGGAUUGUCAUCAUGUAUGUUAUUUAGUUAUAUAGAAAAACAAAUCACAUAACUGCACAACACAGAACAGUACUGCUUCUGAACUGAUGUUGCCAUUGAUAAGGUUACUAAUGUUAGUUGGUGUCGGCUCUAGGGUGUAUAGUUUACACUCUAUGAAUCAUGUCAAGGUUCUGUAGAAAUCGGUUAUGUGUUUCAACAUUUUACAAUGUUAGUCGUUUAUCUAUUAUGUUCUACUCCCUCCGUUCCUAAAUAUAAGUCCAUUUGGAGAUUUCAAUAUGGACUAUAUACGGAGCAAAAUGGAUGAAUCUACACUCUAAAGUAAGUCUAUAUACAUCCGUAUGUAGUGUGUAUUGAAAUCUCUAAAAAGACCUAUAUUUAGAAACGGAGGGAGGGAUUUGUAUCUGUGGGUUUCUCAAAAUAAUUGUAUGUACUGGGAGAGGAGGUUUCCACGACUAUUGAUCAUUGAUCAGUUAGAACUUCUGCUGAAGAAAGGUGCCCUUUGGUUAACAUUUCUGAUAUAUAUAACAUACGACGUUGGAAUUUCCAUUGAAAUUUUGAAGGAAAGUACAUCAAUAGAAUGGCCUUUCUUCCGGUGGCCACCCCCUCCCGCCUUUCUGUUGCGUAUAUUCAUUUUGGAUAUUGACCAUGGUUGCAUAAAUUUAAGUUGCUUGUGAUCUUCUGUCUAUUUCCUGUUAAUUAUAAAUAAUCAGAACCAUCUCUGGUCAGUACACCAUAGCACAAUACCACACGGAUGCUUGGUAGUGCUUUUCAUAAAUUGGUAGUUUUUGCUUUGGUGGAGAGCUUUUGACGAAUUACUGGGUAUGCAAAUCUUGGUUUGAUCCGUCUACUAAUUUAUACUCUAAUGACAUGGAAGUCGAUGGCGUGAAAUGCCUAGCUGUUGACAUCCCCCCUCAGAGUUUUCUAGAGAGGUGAGCAAUUUAUAAUAACAAAAACAUAAACUAUUUUUGUUGCAGUUCUAGUUUGUUGAAAUGAGAUGGCUCUUGUUCCAUUGGACUCAAACUCUGUUACAAGAUUCCCCUUGCAUAAAUUUUUGAAGGAAGAGUGAAUUUCGUCAUGAACUUGACUGAACCAAACUUCUGAUCAUGUCAUUCCACUCCUUUCAUUAUGCUAUUUGAAGGUUUUGUGUCGAGUCAUUGACAUGUAAUGUUUUAGACAUAAUGGAUGAAAUCAUGUUAAUUCUAGCUCUGGUUCUUAUGUAGUGAUGCAUGCCGCUCACCUUUAUGUUUUCCAUUAUUUUGCAGAGAAUGUGUACAUGCAAAUUUUAUUCAUAGUGAACCUACGUGGUAGUUUUUGUUCUGAAUAUAUGCGUUCUACUCUGCUUGCAUCAGGCCAGUUCAUGCUUCCGAAUUUGUGGUUUUGAUCAGUGGCAAGCAUGUACAUAGCUGCAGCAGAAUUCAUUAGAUUAGACACGGUUACCAGUUUGUGGAUAGGUUGUAAUAUCUUUUAUCUUAUCAAUAUAUUUGAUGUUCGUUCGUGUAGCCUUUGGUUUCUAUAUAUUGAUUCAGUGUUGUACCCAUGCUGACAAUUCACGUACCAUUUCUGGCUAAAAAGGAAGGGAAACAAGCUUGCCAUUAAUUAAUGUAGUAAUUUGACUAGGUAAUGGUUUGUGGAAGGGAUUAAGAUGUGCAGACAACGUGGCUGCUCAGAGUAACUGUCCCAGGGCGGUUGACAACCAGGCAGCAGCGCAGAGAAAUUGUCUCAGGAUAGCAUGUUUGAUAUGACACAAAUUCAGGUGAUGACCAACUAAGGAGAGGUUGAUGAGAUCAAUGACACGAGAGGGGUGGACAGGCAGCUGCAAAGGAUCCGAGGAGCAGCCGGUGAACAAGAGGAGCAAAGACAACAUCUCUUGCGUCACUAUAAACAUCUGCUGCUAGCAGAGCUUCAGCCGGUGAACAGGAGGAGCUUCAGCUCCGUCGUCGUAAACUUCAAAUGUUGGCCGAGCUUCAAACCUCUAGCCUGUCAAGUGUACAAUUGGUCCAAUAGCUCUAGUUGGAUGGCAUUUUUCUUUCUCCCUUAUCCAAGCUAUUUUCGUCCAUCCGAACAUAUGGGGAGGAAAUAGGAGUUGCGGUAAUUGACGUCUGAGCUCAUGCUCAUCUACCCGUUGAAACUAAAUUUAAAAAUAUUUAAAAGAUAAAAACGUGUAUUUUUUGACAUUAAAGAUGGCCAGUUGUGCAAAAAUUUAUGAUGUUUGGACAUUUAAGGACCUGCAAAAAAAAACCAAAUCAGGUCUAAAUAGUGUUCAUUUUCUAAGUUUUUUUCACGGUCAAUUUUUUUUUGUCACGACAUCCUAGAAUGUCCAAACACCACGAAUGUUGCCAACCACAUCACACGCUAGAGCAUCUUUAGAUGCCAAAAAAAAAUCAAUUUUCUUUUUUGCAAUUUUAUUUGAUUUUACUGUUCGCCACACUUGUCGAACCGGAGAUGCUCUUAGAUUUAGUUGGGGUGAGAGGAGAUGAGGCCAAUUUCAACAAGCGGAUGCAGAUUUGAUUUUGGGUUUUUCAGUCGGCUUAGAAUCCAAAUCGGACGGGCGUUUGGAGUUGGCCUUACGGUGUGACCUCAGCCGUCUGAUCUUGACGCUCCUGCUCCCCUCCGCAUCCGACAGCGGACUCACCGCCGUCGUCCGCUGCCUUCCUUCCCGGCGUCCAACGCCUCCACCAGUCCCCUCGCCGAAUCAACGAGCGGUCGCCGCCUCCCGAGUCCGGGCGGGUCGCCGCACCGCGCUGACGACGCCACCACCGGCAGCCACCUACCCACCGUCGCCGCGCCUCCCCGGGGGUUCCUUCUUUCCGGGCCCGCAGCCGCAGCUCGUCGGAUUCGCUCCGCAGUUCAGUUAGCGGGGCUAGCCCUCGCUGCUGCGGCGGCGGCUCCCUAUGGGGAGCUUCGCCGUCAUCUCCCAGCAUCCGCAUCAUUCUUUUCUGAAGAGGAAGAAGGGAUGCACGAGCGAGCCGUUUGGAUUUGGGUGGACGAACAUGACGUUUGUUUGAAGGGAUCUCACCGCUCCCUUGUGCUGUUUGCAGUCCUCUGCACCUACCACAGCUCCACCGGUCGCAGUCUGCAGCAGUCCACGCGUUCUCAUUCAGAGGUCUUUGUUUCCCUUACACACACGUUCACAUUGGCCUGCCGUGUCCAGUCAAGCAUGCCUUGGCGUCCAUGUCUGGUACACAAAUCCUUCAAAGGUCAUCUUCACCCAAGAUCAUCCAACCUCAAACCUUAGCACUCCCUGUUGUUCUUUCACAUCGACAUCAUGCCUUCAGUCUUGCGUAUGCUCUGUAUUUUGCUCAGCCUUCUCUGUUUCAACACCUCAAUACUAGCUGCAGCACAAGCAAACAUGUCUGAGAUCGAUCGCCAUGCCCUCCUUUGCUUCAAGUCAGGCAUCAACUCUGAUCCCCUUGGCAUCCUACACUCAUGGGGCAAUGGCUCGCUUGACUUUUGCAGCUGGAAAGGGGUCGCCUGCGGCACCAAGUUUCCACCCCGGGUGGUCUCUCUUAACCUCACCGCUGCUCGUCUCGGUGGGCAGUUAUCUGGAUGCGUGGGCAACCUGACAUUUCUUUCUCGGAUGAACCUUGCUGAUAAUCAUCUGUCAGGAACCAUCCCCGAAGAGUUGGGUAAGCUUCCAAACCUUCAUACACUGAUUCUUGCAGGCAGCAAUCUGGAAGGUAACAUCCCUGAUUCACUAGGCGCUAGCAGUUUUCUUAGCUAUGUCGACCUUGCAAACAACACACUUACUGGCAAAAUCCCUCUCUCAUUAGCCAGUAGCUCCUCACUCAGCAAACUUAUACUGUCACGUAAUAGCCUCUCAGGAGAGAUCCCUUCUACUUUGUUUGGUAAUUCAUCCAAGCUUACCGUCGUUGAUCUCCAGAUGAAUUUUUUCACUGGUCCCAUCCCACAUUUCCAUAAGGUCACAACACUCAAAUUUCUUCGUCUGACAGACAACUUCCUCUCUGGGAGCAUACCUCCUUCAAUAGGAAAUGUUUCUUCCCUCACUUCUAUAUUGCUCGGCCGAAAUAGGUUAUCGGGAUUAAUUCCAGAGACUUUGAGUCACAUUACAAAACUGCUUGAGCUUGAUCUAAGUUUCAACAGCUUAUCAGGGAGCGUCCCGUUGUCUUUUUACAACAUGACAUCACUUGAAUUCUUUAAUGUGUGCAGCAAUGCCCUUGUUGGACAGAUGCCAUCUCACAUUGGUUUCUCACUACCAAACCUCCAGUUCCUUAUCAUGGGAAGCAACAGGUUGGAGGGCCUGAUCCCUGCUUCACUAUCCAACAUGUUAAAUCUCCAAACACUUGAUCUUUCAAACAACUCGUUACAUGGCUCUGUGCCAUCUCUUGGUUCUUUGGCAAACUUGGGUCGGUUGGAUUUAGGAAUGAACUUUCUAGAAGCACAUAACUGGUCAUUUCUUACAUCUCUAGCAAAUUGCACCCAGCUGACAAAGUUGUCCUUGGAAGGGAAUGUUCUAAAUGGCAGCCUACCUAUAUCAAUUAUUAAUCUUUCCAGGAGACUAGAACAUUUAUCGCUUGGGUCAAACCAAAUUUCGGGCUCCAUACCUGUUGAGAUUAGCAAUCUUGUUAAUCUCACUUUGCUUGGGAUGGAAAGCAAUUUUCUUUCUGGAAGCAUACCUUCUACCAUUGGCAAGCUACGAAACCUAUAUGUCCUAAAUCUGUCAAAGAACAAAUUAUCAGGUCAGAUCCCCCCCUCAAUUGGUGACAUUACUCAACUGGGCAAGCUUUAUCUUGAUGAUAACAACUUGAGUGGAAACAUACCUGGUAGUUUAGGUCAGUGCCCGGGGCUUCUUGAACUAAACUUGUCUCGAAAUAGUCUUGAUGGCUCAGUACCAUCCGAAUUGUUUGCUAGUCCUCCACUCUCCUUGGGUCUGGACUUCUCACACAACAGUCUCACAGGGGAACUACCAUUGGUAGUUGGUACACAUAGCAGUGGUGGUCCAGUAUCCCUUCACAUGGAAGGAAACAAGUUUCAUGGACAGAUUCCAGAAAGAUGGCAUCUACUAGUAUCAACCCAACAUAUUAAUCUUUCUCAUAAUGACUUAUCUGGUGCCGUGCCUGAAUUCUUUGAGCGAUUUGAUAUGCUGAAGCAACUUGAUCUGUCUUACAAUAACUUGGAAGGGUCUGUUCCUACUAGUGGGAUCUUUAAGAAAUAUGCUGCAGUAGUUCUGGGUGGCAACAAGGGACUCUGUUUAAAUUCCUCCAAGUUGAUAAAAAUAAGAAAUUCCUUUAGGCCAGCAUUACCAGUUUGUCCUCGCAUCUCAGCUUCAGUGACUAAAUCAAAACACCAUCUGUCAUUGCUGACGACCUCGCUGCUAAUUGUACUACCAACACUUAGUAUUGGUUCCAUGGUGUUGUUAUGGUUUCUGCUCACUCUUUGGAAGAAAGGGUUGUUUUCGUUUUCACGAUGGGAUCUUGUGUCCAAGGUGUUUCCUAAUAGAAGAGAAGUGCAUACAGCCCCGUGCCAUGAUGAUAAGAAGCUGAAGAGAGUGUCAUACCAGGACAUUCUUAAAGCUACCAACUGGUUUUCUUCGGUCCAUACUAUCAGCACAACCUGUACUGGUUCAGUUUAUGUUGGUAGGUUCAAGUCCGACAGGAGCCUAGUUGCCAUCAAAGUAUUCAACUUGAGUGAACCUGGUGGAUAUGAUAGUUACCUCAUUGAGUGUGAAGUGCUACGAAGCACCCGCCAUAGAAAUAUAAUGCGACCUGUGACCCUAUGCUCAACAUUGGAUUCACAAAACCAUGAGUUCAAAGCACUAAUCUUCGAGUUCAUGGUUAAUGGCAGCCUAGAGAAAUGGUUGCAUUCUGACCAACACAAUGGAAUCACAGAUAAAGGGCUAAGCUUUGGCCAGAGGAUAUGCAUAGCAGCAGAUGUGGCUUCUGCUCUUGAUUAUGCCCACAACGAACUGACACCUCCUCUGAUCCAUUGUGAUUUGAAGCCAAACAAUGUCCUUUUGGAUGAUGACAUGACUGCGCGGCUCAGUGACUUUGGCUCAGCGAAGUUUCUAUCACCAGGUCUGCUAAUUCCUAAAAGCCUGGAUGAUGUUGGAGGGACAAUUGGAUACCUGGCACCUGAGUAUGGAAUGGGUUGCGAGAUCUCUGUAGACGGCGAUGUGUAUAGUUUUGGAGUGCUUCUACUGGAAUUGCUUACUGGAAAACGACCUACUGAUGAUAUGUUUGUCGAUGGACUUAGCCUUUGUAAGUUCUGUGAAUCUAUGUUACCCGACAGAGUUGCAGAGAUUCUUGAUCCUCAUAUGGCGCAUGAGGAGCAUCAAGGGUGCGCAGAAGGAUGGAUUCAGAGAUAUAUUGUCCCCUUGGUUGCCCUUGGGCUGUCAUGUACCGUGGAAUCUCCAAAGGAUAGGCCCGGAAUGAAAGACGUUUGUGCAAAACUUUCUGACAUUAGAGCCUCUUUUCUUUAACUGUCAUGAUGAUUAAUGAAUAUAUCAAUUAUGUUAGAGCAUACUGAUUCAUUGUAUUAAGAAUGUGUUUUUUUACUGGUACAGUGCAUAUUGUACCCAAUCUAUUUGACAAUCUGAAACAAACUGUGGAGACAGAGAUGUGAUUUGCAGUUAGUCAUAGUAGGAUAUUGGAAAUAUCAACCAUUCUUUGUUCCA